CUCCCCACUAACAGUAAUCUUCUCACGGAUCAUUUCAUAUUCAAUUCCGAUAGAAAACAUGGACAAUCACUAAUAUCUAGACGGUACUUCAUUUGAUAAAAUAACAUCAUGGACUAUGAGGGGAGCUCUGGGGAUCCUAUGCCCGUUUUCUAUGUAGGGCAGCAUGAAACUCGACGGUCAUGUCAUGUUACGGAACAAACUUUACAACAAGCUCAUGAUUGCAAUUAUGAUAUGUUAUCAACCCCAAUCUCGACCUCUGAGUUUCAUUCAAGUGUUCUGACUUUGCUCUCCGACUACAUGUCUAAAAUAGAGGAUGGUGUUGAUGCGAACUCUCUACCAUUACCGCUCAUUGCGCCUUUUCGACCCAUUGAUACUCCCUUGACACCCACCGAGACAGUUUCACAGCUUCUGGCCUUCACCAGCUCAUGGGUGGACCUUGCAUCACCUGACCCCUUGGUCGCCCAUCUAUCCAGACAAGUACUGAAUCAAGAAAUUGCAUAUGCGGCAUUCUGCGGUAUUGUCAAUGUCUAUAUAGAAGGUCCGAAGCUGUACGAGGGUGCAGACAUUGCACAGUAUGCUCGGGCAAUCUUGGAAGCAUCUUCACUUGGGCCCUAUGUGCACAUUCACAUACUCUUGUCCAUGAGCUGGGACCCAGACACCGAACCAGAGCAAGAGAUUGGAGAUCUGAAUGCUUUCGCCAGACCCGAAUACUUCGGAAAUAUCGAAGCGUUCGAGCCUCAAGAGUGCGACUUGUUCGGAACCUGGGACGCAUGGAAUGCCAUUCGUAGCGUCUGUAAAUAUAGCUCCAGACUUUCCGUAGCUCUAUCACUCCCACGUCGCUUACCACCGUUGGCUGUUCAGUCUAGGUGGUAUUCGGAGCCAUUGAAACUUUUGCUACUACCAGGAGGUUCGUUCUUGAAGAAUGUCCGUGGGUCAUAUGUGCUCUCGAAAUCCCAUCAAGGUUUCAUUGCGCGGUGUAUGCGUCUCCGCAAUGCCCCGUGGAUACUUCUUUCGGAUGUAGGGACGAUACCGGGCCUUGACGACUCCAAUGUCGAACUCCCAUUAGCUACUGCUUUACUUCAACCAGAUCAAUUGUCAGAUGCCAAUUCUAGCAUGUCGCCAUCGCCAACACCCGCCGAGUCGUCUCAGGUGCAAAUUUCAGCAAGUCGUCAUUCAAAGGACGACCCAACCCCUCACCUCAGCUACAUGAGAUACCUGCAAAGAAACCAGCCAGUCAAGUCAAUGAUUGAAAGAUUUGGUGCCGGCUAUCAAGACUACUUGCAAUCUCCUCUUCAACCCUUGACUGACAAUCUCGAGAGUAUUACAUACGAGGUUUUCGAGAAAGACCCAAUCAAAUACGCAUGGUAUCAACGCGCCAUAGAACAAGCCUUGAGCGACUGGAAGAUCCAGGAGAAACCAACGUCGUCGCCCAGCGGUGCGGUGGUUGUAGCCGUCGUCGGUGCCGGCCGUGGCCCUCUCGUGACCCGUGCCAUACAAGCCAGCCAGAGCACUGGAGUUGAGAUAGAACUACAUGCAGUUGAAAAGAAUCCGAAUGCAUUCGUAGUACUGCAACGCCACAAUACGUCAGAUUGGGAAGGUAAAGUUACUCUGGUAAAGUCCGACAUGAGGGCCUGGAAAGGACCCAAGCGUGAGGAUGGUACCUAUGGUCAUGUCGACAUCAUCGUGUCCGAGCUUCUUGGAUCGUUCGCAGACAACGAACUUUCGCCAGAGUGCCUCGAUGGGGUUCAGCAUGUCAUGGCUUCCACACAUGGCAUAUCGAUACCGCAGUCGUAUACAGCACACUUUACGCCAAUCUCAGCACCGAAUUUGUACGCAGACAUUCUUUCACGUUCGGACUUAAGCGCAUACGAAACGUCGUAUGUUGUAAUGUUGCAUGCAAUUGAUUACUUGUCGGUGGAUAUCGAAGAGCCACCUGCGAAAGCGACGUCGGAGAAAAGUGAUCACAAGGGCCCUCCGAAGAUUGAGAUCUGGAACGCUGUCCCAAAAGUCAAACUUGCGUGGGAGUUUAUGCAUCCCAUACCAAAGGCGGUACUUGAUCAAUCGAAUACACGACGGGGCGGUGGAGCUUCUGGUGGGAUAGGGGGGCAAACAGGUGGGGAUGGAGCUAAUGAACACAACGUUCGCUCUGUACGUGCCACAUUUGACUGUAAGUACAGAGGCGUUUGUCAUGGUAUCGGUGGUUAUUUCGAGACCGUUCUUUACGAAGGGACAAACGGAAAGGUAGAGCUUAGCACCAACCCUGUGACCAUGGCGAGCAAGAGUGAAGAUAUGAUUAGUUGGUUCCCGAUAUUCUGGCCACUCAAGGAGCCGCUUUACAUACCCGAGGACUCCCAACUUGAUAUCAGCAUGUGGAGGCAGACGGACGAUAGGAAGGUGUGGUAUGAAUGGUUGGUCGAGUCCUAUAUCAGGCUCGGAGACAAGAGGAUACGCUUGGGUACUUCGGCGUUGCAUUCGAGCAAGCGCAACGGCUGCUUGAUGUAAAAGAGGCGGGCUAUCCUUAUAGACUUUUACUGUUGGUUCUCAACUCUGAUAGAAAACAACGCACUACACUUGUACCAUCUUCAAGUGUGGUGUGCUAGAUGUAUGGGUUGGCUGUACGUAAACAAUUAUAUAUCGGAUAAGCUGACAAGAAUGGUUGAAGCCCAGCGAGACAGGUAUAUUAGCACUAUUGGCGACUCUAGAAAGGUUGCAUACCAGGACAGCAAUGUUAAUGUGCGGCGAUGAACGGAUCUGCCUCAGGUACACGUCCCGGCCGUCAGCCGAGGCCCAUAUCCAUAACCCGAGCUCCCCGCAAAACGACCUCAAGCAUUUCCAGACGUAGCCUCCUCUCCGCUCAUUCCUGGAUCUAUCAUACUGCACUCUACACAAUGACCUCUGAGAAAGCACGCCAACGCCUC